UCGACUUACGCGCCGGUGUUUGACCGUUGAUACCUUGCUCUCUUCAUUUCUUUUCUGUCUUUCUUUUCCUUUAUUUAUUAUCGUUUUUCUGGAGGGCUCUUCAUCCUCCCUUCCUCUCUGUUUCCCUCAUCCAGUCUGGAUCGGUUGACCUCGGGAUUUGAAAUCGUGAUUCAGUGCUGACUGGCUUGGCUGAACAGUUUCUUGAUCAUCAUACAGUCACAGCUGUUCGCUGUGCGUCCAUUCGAUCAACAUGACCACCAUGGAUUUGCGUGUCGGUAACAAGUACCGUAUCGGCCGUAAGAUUGGCAGUGGUAGCUUUGGUGAUAUCUACCUGGGCACCAACAUCAUCUCCGGUGAGGAAAUCGCCAUCAAGCUCGAGAGCGUCAAGGCCAAGCACCCCCAGCUCGAGUAUGAGGCCCGUGUCUACAAGUCCCUCGCCGGUGGCGUGGGUAUCCCCUUUGUCCGCUGGUUCGGCACCGAGUGCGACUACAACGCCAUGGUCAUCGAUCUCCUCGGUCCCUCGCUGGAGGAUCUCUUCAACUUCUGCAACCGCAAAUUCUCCCUCAAGACCGUCCUGCUCCUGGCCGACCAGCUCAUCUCCCGUAUCGAGUACAUCCACGCCAAGUCCUUCAUCCACCGUGAUAUCAAGCCCGACAACUUCCUCAUGGGCAUCGGCAAGCGUGGCAACCAGGUCAACGUCAUCGAUUUCGGCCUGGCCAAGAAGUACCGCGACCCCAAGACGCACUUCCACAUCCCCUACCGCGAGAACAAGAACCUCACCGGUACCGCCCGUUACGCCAGUAUCAACACCCACUUGGGCGUCGAGCAGUCUCGCCGUGAUGACAUGGAGUCCCUGGGCUACGUGAUGCUCUACUUCUGCCGCGGUACCCUCCCCUGGCAGGGUCUCAAGGCUGCCACCAAGAAGCAGAAGUACGACCGUAUCAUGGAGAAGAAGAUGACCACCCCCACCGAGGUCCUCUGCCGCGGUUUCCCCAACGAGUUCUCCAUCUACCUCAACUACACCCGCUCCCUGCGCUUCGACGACAAGCCCGACUACUCCUACCUCCGCAAGAUCUUCCGCGAUCUCUUCGUCCGCGAGUCCUUCCAGUACGACUACGUCUUCGACUGGACCGUCUACAAGUACCAGAAGAACGCGGCCAUGAUCGUCGAUGCCAACAAGAAGGACAAGGAGGUCGAAGAGCAGCAGCGUCGCCAGGGCGUCGCCCCCAACGCCAUGGGCGUCCCCGGGGCCGCCGUCAAGCCCGGCGCCAUGUCCAGCCAGCGCCGCAAGGUCGUCGACCGUGGCGCCCUCGAUAACACCCCCGACACCAACCGUGCUGUGGGAGGGAGUGACCGGAUUCUUCGGCGUUAGGUUGCGUUCUGCUUCCAAGGUUGCUUCAGGUGCUUAUCCGCCUACCGGUAGCCGUGCGAAGCGGGAUGACGGGUACGGUGCUCAAUGGUACUGAACGUGUUCUGUUCGGCUGCGAUAGGGGGAACCCUCAUUCCUCAUUCGACUGGCCCACCUUUUAUUUCGCCGCCUGCAGCAAACCUUUUCGGACAUUUAUCCUUGCCUUGGGUCUUUCCCUUCCCUUUUCCUUUUGAUGUUCUUUUCACUUUCCUUGUUUCCU